CCUCAGUCCGGCAGGGCCGCCCGCCUUGGAGCCGACUGUGGGGCCGGGGGCCCCGUCUGCGUCCCGCCCCACCCUGCACACCGAUCCCGGCGCCCGACCUAGCUGCGCCCACCUCGCGGCCUCUCUUUAGAAGGGUCGAGUGAACUGCGCCUUGCACAGGAGACCCUCUGGGUUUGGGCGUUAAACUAGCCACCACCUCCAUCCCGCUUCCCCCGGGUCCACUUCCCUCAAAUUCCCGAUCUGGAUUCUUCUCCGCCGGCCCCUGUCCCAGCCGGCCGUUGCCCCUCGGCGGCGGCAGACCGCUUCCCAAAGGCACCGCGCAAGGGGUCGAUUUCCUGGCCCUCUUCCUUGCCCAGGGGGCCUGGCUUCGGAGACGGAGGCAGCCCUCCACCCUCGCCAGCCUCAAUUUCUGCAUCAUUACAGCUGGGGCACCCAGAUAGUAGGAGGACUUGGCACGGAGGAGACAGUUAGUGGGCAACAGCGCUGCAUCUUCUCCUACCCACUGGUUCCUUGUCUUCCGUUUUAAGUUUUUUUCUUUUCAAUUCGCCACAAAAUUGUCACUGUUUCUCAGUGUAAGCCCAAAAGCCCCAAGUGGUUAUAGCUAUUGUUAUUUUUAAUCGUCCUCCCGCCAGGAACUCCAGGAGAGACUUCAUCAAGCAUCCUGAUGACAGUUUGGACCCCGGCUUCCCUCUUUGUGCCACGCGCCCUCUCCCUGAGGCGGGGCGCACAGUCAUACUCUCCCUUGUGGAGUGAUGGAAGGGCCUGUGGCUCCCUACUUAGGACUUGGAGGUCUUAGGCAGACCCUAGGGGCAGGAGCGCAAGAGCUCCCAGGAAGAAAGCGCCAAACCCCUCAGAGGAAGGACAAUAGGCCAUCGCACGGGCUGAUGAAUGAGACCUGCAAGGCUUUGCCUACCACACAGCCCAUAUGGGUUUUGAUCACUAACAAACACUGUUGUAAAAAGAACCCCAUCCAGCAUCUCUCAGGCGGGGCUGGAGAGAGAUCUGGGAGGGGCUGUGGCUGUCCAGGCUCCUCCCUUCACCUCUGGCCCAGGACACUCCUCCCCAGGGAAUGCUUUCAGCUGCCAGGAAUGCUGGGGGCGGUGGGGGCAGCCUGCCCAGCCUGAUACUGACUCUCCUUGUAGAUGGGGCUGGUGAGGACCUGGCACGCGGUUGUGUAGUACCUGGAGUCACCAGCGUCUACAGACGGAUUCCGGACACCGUUCAGGGGUGCUCGCUGGACUCCUGGAAGGGGGAUGGUGAGCAGAGAGGUCUCCAGAGGCAGGUGCCACUUCUCAAACUGGCAUCCCGGGACUCAGGAGUGGAGAUGGUGGUUGGGGACAGCCCCCUGGCCACCUCGCUGGGCCUUUCUCAGGACUCUCUGGACUUUGAGGCCGUGGUGAGCCCUAAGCCCCUGGCCCUGCCCACGGAGCCUCCUGCCCACCUAGGCCGGUUCCUGGCCAGCCGUAAGCUGGAGCAGGUGCUGGAGAGAUCCCGCCAGCUCCCAACUUCCCCUGCCAGCUUGUCACAACACCGCCACUCCCCGAAGCUGCCAAGUAACCCUGAGUGUGAAAUGCCCCUUUUUGGAGCAGGGGACCAGAAGGCCACCAAGGCAGAGGUGGAAGAAGCAGAAGUGGUGGAGGGCUUGGGGUCUGAAGCCUGGGCCUGCCUCCCAGGGCAGGGUCUUCGCUACCUGGAACACCUGUGCCUUGUGUUGGAGCAGAUGGCAAAGCUCCAGCAGCUCCAUCUGCAGCUGCAGACCCAGAAGGCCCCUGGGGGAGUGAGCUGUGGGGUGGUCAGGCCAGCGGAUGGGCCGAAUCCUAUAGAGGCGGAAGAGGUCCUGGCCCCUUCACCUCCACCUUCUCAUGCCCCAGGCAGUGAAGUGCAUGGGCCUUGGGAGCUGCUCAGCCAGACAACGGAGACAGGGGCAAAGAGAACUUCAUUCCCAAAGGUAGGGGUGCCCAGUGCCAACCUUUCCAGGCUGUCAGAGGCCCCAGCAGAGCCAGCUCAUGAUUUUCAGUCCUCCCAGGGUCACAAGCAGGAUCUCUCCCACUGGAACAAGGUCAAGGUCCUGCUUAACCGGAUCCGCUGGAAGAGCCCUAGACACCCUGAGCCCCCUGUCCCUCCUGAUGGCCCUGGCCCUAGGAUUGAGUCAAGGGACCUCCCUGAAAGAUCUCCAUGUCGCCCCCUCCGGAAGACCUUUAUGCCAUCAUUAGUGGUGAAGAAGCAACGAGCAAAAAACCUUUCUGUCUGCUGAGACCUCCUGGUGCAGGGACGUGACCCUGUGUAGAGGGGUGUGUAGUGACGUCUUCUUCCUUGCCCUUUGCCCUGUUGCUUUCUCUGGGCACUGCCAGGAAAAACUGCUGACACUUGCCCUUCUCUCAGAGGUGAGGGCUGAAUUUUUCUCUUCCCGGAGCAGCCUGGCAGAGGGACCCUGGUUCCCUGAGAAGCCCCACGGUGUGACAGCUCUCAGGUGCCUCCCUGGCUGCCAGAAAUCCCUGGGCUUAGACAAUGUGAACUAGCUUAUUUAUCAGGCAUCCAUGGAGCAUGUUCGGCAUGGUAAUCUGUUGGGGCCCAGCGUGUUGCAGAUGUGUAUAUAUGCAAAAUGAUAUACUCAUAUAUAUAUCUCUGUGAGACUGUCACUGUUGUGAACUGGCUGGAUCCAACCCUCUCUCCUGAAUCACACACUCAAAAAAGGUUGGUCUCCUGGGAGAGGUAGUUUUAGAAGGAUGGAACUGACCUUUAUUCCGCAGUGGACACUUACUGAUCUGGAGUCUUGCUUGCGUCCUCACACCUGCAUGGGCAGCCCCAGGAUAGGGAAAGGGCACUACCUUGGCUGCUUCCACAUUGAGUCUUGCCCCAGAAGACUGCACCAGGAAUGGGAGAGUUAGGGAAAACAUGGGGAACAGUGGAGUAACCUUCAAGGCCUAUUUUUAGCUGCUUUGCUCCCUGCUAGCCUUUACACAUCAGAGCUGAACCCAGGGGCCCAAACUAGCUUUUAGACAUCGACAAAAUCCCUUAACUUGUCUGAGCCAUAGCUUCCCACUUAAUCUCCCAAAUGGUGUAAUGGUGCCUGCCCUACCUACCUCACAGGCUUGUUAUGAAGAUAAAAUGAUAUUAAACUGUC